AUGACUACCACUGACAUGAGCAUGGGCAAGGUAAGCCUCAGAGAAUUAAAAAUUGAAAAUGCAAUACUUUUUCUAGUAUUGAAUGCAAUGAAGGGUUCACAAAUGAAGAAUGACAAAACUUAAACCAACAUGUGCCUUUUUUUUUUUUUAGAUCAUCCUCUACGAGGAUAGGAACUUCCAGGGUCGCUCUUUUGAGUGCAUGAGCGACUGUGCCGACAUGUCCUCUUACCUGAGCAGGUGCCAGUCCUGCAGGGUUGAGAGUGGCUGCUUUAUGGUCUACGACCGCCCCAACUUCCAGGGAAACCAGGUUCUCAUGCGAAGGGGCGAGUACGCUGACCACAUGAGCAUGAUGGGAAUGAGCAAUGGUAUCAGGUCUUGCCGUAUCAUCCCCACGGUAGGUUGGAAACAGCUUUAGUCAUGCUAUGGCUCUACAGUGAGAGAAAAAACCUUCAGAACUACAUGAUAACACUUUUUUGUUUUUCACGAUCAAUAGCAGCACAGAGGCCAGUUCAGGAUCCGCAUCUUUGAGAGGGAGAACUUCAGUGGUCAGAUGAACGAGCUGACCGAUGACUGCGACAACGUCCAGGAUCGCCUGCGCAUGUCUGAAUGCAUGUCCUGCAACGUGCUGGAUGGCCACUGGCUGCUGUAUGAGCAACCUCACUUCAGAGGCAAGAUGGUGUACCUGAGGCCUGGAGAGUACAGGAGCCUCAGAGAGAUGGGCAUGAACCUCUCCAGGAUCAUGAGUCUGAGGCGCAUCAUGGACAUGUGCUAG